AUGACCACACUUGAGCUGUACACGAAGGUAACUGGCAAGGGCUUUUCUGUUGAUGACUAGUGGUACCUGGUGCAAGUUUCCCGAUGAACAACUUUAUAUUCACCGGCUUUCCUUCUUUCUCUAGGGAGCUAGAGUAUGGAUCCCGCACGAACAAGUUAUAUGGAUUGGCGGAGAAUUAACUAAAGAUUUAAAAGAAGAUGGAAUCUUGGAGAUUGAACUCGAAGACGGAAAUGUAAGUCUGAAGUUAAUGUAUAUCAUGUUCGACGUGAACUUGAGACCUUUGUAAAGUUUGACAAUCGUAUGUUUAUUUAUAAUGAGCUCUUACGUUGGUAAAUCUCACGCUCCAUUUGUAUUUUUAUAUAUUUAUUUUUAUUUCUCCAAUAGGAAAUUACUCUCGAUGUUUCUAAGGGAAAACAGAGCCUUCCUCCGUUGAGAAACCCCGAAGUUCUUGUUGGAGAAAAUGAUCUUACAACCUUGAGUUACUUACAUGAACCUGCCGGUUUGUACAUGUCAACAAAUAUCCCUUUGGUGAACGACGAUGUGUUUGUUUAAACUUUUCUCAAGAAUUCAUAACAAUUUUUCUUUGUUCUGCUUUCUUGUGAAACCCGUUGAAUUCUCUUUGUUUAGUGAGGUUUCCUGUUGAGUAAGUAAAUAUAGUUACCAAAAAUCAAAAUUAUAUUUCGGAGUUGUUAGGUUAAUUUUACUUUAAUUUAAUUUUUCCUUUUAGUGCUGUACAAUCUUCAAGUUCGUUUCCUCCAAUCCAAUGCGAUUUACACUUAUUGUGGUGAGUAUAAAUGUAUUCUCUGUGAUUUCCUCGCUCGGUAUUGGUAAUUUUUUUGCGAAAUAUAUGGAGGCAUGUAAAUAUUGGUACUAAAAUUUUAAUAACUUCCAAACCAUUUCGUGAAAUUAUUGGAGCGAUACUAAUUGCAUUUGAGAGUCGUAAGAUGUAAUGUUUACUCGACGGUCGAAGUAGACGCUCAGCAAAACUAAAAGCAAUAUUGCAUUUUCUAUUAGGAAGAGUGAUUGUUUUCAAUUCCUUCUCGGGUUAUCUUUAGUUUUGAUUUUGUUGAGCUUACAAUAGGCUUUCACGCCUUUUGACAUUUCCGCAAUUCCCUCUGGCUAGAGAAGUGCGAGAGAAAACACAAAGCUAUUUUUAAAAAUGCAAAUUUCUGUUACUUGCUGAAUAUUUAGGUUAAUUCCUGUCAUUUUUUUAAUUACAUAUUUAGUUCAAUGUUACUUGAUUCCAGAUUUUUCAUGAAUUUUGAAGGCAGCUCAUCCAAAAUGACUCUAGUUUAAUUGAUCAAAAUAAGAUUUUCUAGAUUGUCAAUUCUAAGAAUAUUAGUGUGUGUUUGAUUAGCUGAUUUUGUUAGACUUGUAUGUGAGUGUAGGGGAAUAUGGGAUCUUAAUGAAUAAUUAUCAGCAAAAUUAACAAUGCCUCGUCCAUACAGCGAAGAUCUCCGAUGGCGAGCCAUUUGGAUGAAAGAAAUGUUGGGGUUUCAACCCCGAAAGCCUAAAAUUAAUUCUAAUCUACCCAUACUGCCUUUCGGUCUUGUCCCGUACCCUUGAAGCUUUGAUCCGACAACGUAAAUUGAAAUAGCUGUAUAUUUUAUAAUUAUAAAAGGUUUCAACAACGGCAUUUUUGUGAGAUUAAAAUAAGUUUUCUACAGAAUUGUCAGUGUAGCCAUCUUCCUAAUGAAAAUCAAAGUCUAUUACUUUCAAUUCUAGACUAUGAAGUAAUUUGACAUUUUGUCAAAUUCCUAUUACUUCCAUUAGGUUAAAGGAAUAUGCUUGUUCAGCAUCAAGACUUUUCAGAGUAGCUUGUCAUUCAGCCAGAUUUCAUGAAAUUUCGAUAAAACUUGAAUAAGAUAUUGUACCCUCUGCUUAAUGUGAUGAGCUACCAUCAUCUGCUGAAUACCCUUGAUUGUUGUUUAAUAGUCAGGCAUAAUGUGUUUCUUACCCAAUAAAUGUACAUUUUAUAUUCUGAAUUAAAUCUCAGUGAUUCCCGAAGAGCAAGGUUUUGGGUAUCAAUAAGAUAAUUGUGGUUGUAUCAAUAGUUUCCAAAAUCUUACUUAGGUGUUCAUGGCCUAGUAAAUGUGAUGCUUAAUUGAUGUAAAUUAUAAUUUGCUAUGCUUUUGAUAGAGACAUUAAUGUACAAGAUCACCUUCAAAAUCCUUGCAGGUAUUGUUCUGGUUGCUAUCAAUCCUUACCAACAGCUUCCUCUCUAUGGACCUGACAUCAUAUCUGCGUAUAGUGGCCAAUCCAUGGGUGACAUGGACCCACAUAUUUUUGCUGUUGCUGAGGAUGCAUUCAGAGCCAUGGCCAGGUGAUUUUAAAGGACUAGAAAAGUCAAUUUGAGCCCUCGAAAUUUUUUUAUCAAAAUCUUGAGCAGUCAAAUCUAUGUCAAAGGUUUGGUGCAGGCUCCAUAAAUUUGUCUUACCAGUGCAUCCACCUAGUGGAGAUUUUAAUGCUGCUCUGUGGUUACUUUUUUUUUUUUUGGAAAAUACUGAAUAAAUAGUGUCAAAGAAUUCACUUGGGGAGAUCUGUAAGUCAAAUUGAUUUCUGCAAUACAGUUACAUUGAUAUGGAUUCUUAUCCAAGAUAAUGUAGACUCUGGUAACAUAUUUGAAAAUAAAUUAUCAUGAGAUUGGUUUAAACCUUUAACCCCUAAUAGUGACUAGCUUGUAAUUUUUCCUUACAAUAUCACGCCUGAACCACACAUUAAGGUCAUGAGAAUAAAGGAAAUGAUCACUUUGAACCUUGUGAUUGUUAAAUAAAUUCUCCUUGUCAGCACCUUUUAGUUAGGAAAUUUAUAGGGAACAGUAUGGAAAAUAUUAUGGAGAAGAUACAUAUAGAUGGUAGUUAAAUAGUUGCAUGAGUCCUAGGGUCUAUCUGAGGUUGUUGGUGGGUUAUGGGACACUUCCUUAAUCUUCUUAGUAAUAAGAAACAGUUGAACAACCACCUACUUGAGUGAUAAGUCAACUAAUUUUCACUGACACUAAUAUUUUCAGAGGCUCUUACACAAAACUAGCCAAUCAGCUUACAAGAAAGGAACUACAAUAAAUUCUGUUUCAUUUCCGUGUCACUUUUACUUGCUUUGUUCCUGAGUACUGAUUGGGUUCAAUUUUGUUUACAUGUUUGUGUCCUGUCAUGGUAUCAUUAAUUUUGUUUAACUGAUUAUAGUAUUAGGGUGUGAUUAUAAAGCUUUUUGACAAUACUGCUGAAUGGCUCAUGAAAAUGUCUGUAAUUGUAUAUUCUUUUUUUAGAGAUGGGCUGAAUCAGUCAAUCAUUGUCAGUGGUGAAAGUGGCGCUGGGAAGACAGUUAGUGCUAAGUAUGCAAUGAGGUACUUUGCAUCAGUGGGAGGGGCCUCUACAGAGACGCAGAUUGAAAAGAAAGUCUUGGCAUCCAACCCUAUUAUGGAGGUAGAACAGCUUAUAACUUGUUUAAUUGGUUUAAUACCAUAGGUGCCAACCAGUUACAGUGGCACACUAACACAUGAUAAUGAUUUUCGAGGCUGUCUAUUUUUACAGGCCAUUGGAAAUGCUAAGACAAUACGGAAUGACAACAGUAGCCGAUUUGGAAAAUACCUCGAAAUAUCUUUUGACAAGAACUAUCACAUCAUAGCAGCCCACAUGAGAACCUAUUUGCUGGAGAAAUCUCGAGUUGUAUUUCAAGCUCCUGAUGAAAGAAACUACCACGUAUUCUAUCAACUUUGUGCUGCAUGUGAUACUCCUGAACUCAAAGAUCUUAGACUUGGUGAGUCAGAGUUGUCAGCUUACUCACUAGCUGGAUAAUGUCCACAGUGUUUAAAUGGUUUGGUUGUGUGAAUUUUGGGAAAAAAAGUGCUCUAUCAAGCCACGUAGUCUAUUUACAGAUUUUUUUCUAAGGUCUUCAAUUUGCUUUCAGCGCACCAAGACAACUUUUACUACUUAAACCAAGGAGAAUGUCCUUAUGUUGAUGAGGUGGAUGAUGGUGAGGGGUUUGAGGAGAUGCGAGAGGCCAUGGAUCUGGUGGGAAUCAUGAAUGAUGAACAGCUGAUGAUAUUCAGAAUCUUGGCUGGUAUUCUGCACAUUGGAAACAUUGAUAUUCAACCAGCCAGUGAGGAAGAAAGUACAAUUGACGUAAGGCUCUGCUCAGUGUUCUUUACAUUGGUCAUUUCAGUCAUUUUAGGGCCUUUCCACACCAGCGAAAAAGUUGUUUAUUUGGACAAAUUUUCUGUCAUCACCAACAGUUUGCAAGUGUGGAUGGUUUGUCGUGACUUGACAAAUUUUGGCUGAAGCGGCAAUUCUUCAAAUGCACUGUUGACAAAAUUUGUCCCAGGUGAAAACUAAACAAAAUCAACUAAAUAAAUGAAACCAUGAUAAACUUGUCAAUCAUGUGUGGUAAAAGCUGGGGCCAGCAUGUAAUUGAGCUGAAAUCAGUGUACUAGAAAGACAAAAAUUGUUUUUCGUUGCAAAAUUCAAGGAUUCUACAAUUUUAAAAACCUGGAAAUCGGUUGUGGAAUCCUUUAGCCAACUAUGCUGGCUGGUCUUAUGAACAGAUCAGGUGCUGCCAGAAUUCGAUGGCUUUGAAACUUUUAAUGCAGAUACAACAGACAAAACAAAAAUUUUUCAUGGCAAAAUUUCUUUGAUUUUCUUGGAUAAUUCUAGUUUUGUCCUCUAACUAGUGAGGAAAGGCCCCAACUCAGUGUCUAGUAAAAAAAAACUUAAAGUAGGAAAAAGAAAUAAAAGGAACAGAAAUGGGAAAGAACCUUCUGUUUUAAACUUGAAGGAAAAGGUUGCUGCACACUGACAAUCAAACUGUCUUAGAUCUUUUUGUGAUCAGGAAGAAAAAAAAAAGACAUCAAAAUUUUGAAUUGACAAGACUAAAACAAACAAACAAGAAUAUUAAAUAGUUUUUUUUUAAAUUGCUGAUGCAUCUACAGUUGUAUUAACUUUUAGCUCAGUUGAAUGCAACCCAGUAGUUCUUAACUGAGGAUAAUAGAGUUGAUGAAAGGGACUAUGAAAGGAGAAACAAAUUCAGUUGGGCUGUAUUGUGAGUGUUACAUGACCUGCUUCCACCUAAUGUAAUAUUGGUGGAUCCAAUUUCUCAAAUGCAUCUACUGGGUAUAAAAUCCAUUUUUUUUCCUCUCUCUUAUACCAUCAUUGCUAGGACAAAGAUUUUCAUCUGGCAGUAGCAGCUGACCUGUUGGGUAUUGACAGAAGCCAGUUUAAAAAGUGGUUGUGCAAUCGCAAGAUUGUCACAGUACAGGAGGUGCUCAUCAAACCACUGAAUGUUGAAGAGGUCUGAGAAAACAUUUUUUUCAAAAUCUCACUUUAUGUUUCUGACUGAAUUAUAGAGAAAUUUAAUCAAGUAAAUAUGUGCCAUUACAUUGAAGGUAAUAAUUCUGUGGUUUUUGCUCCUGUUUGUAGGCUGAUUUUGGCAGAAAAGCAAUUAGCAAGCACAUUUAUUCUCAGCUGUUCAAGUGGAUUGUACAAUGCAUCAAUAAUUCUCUCAGCUGUGGAGUCAAACAGCACUCGUUUCUUGGAAUUCUUGACAUUUAUGGGUAAGGCCCAAGCUACAACCUUACAUGCUUGAAUGUAUUUUAUAGGGAAUAGUAGGUUUUUUAGGCAGAGUUGAUCAAUAAAAAGCAAAACACAUGGGAUUUUACAACAAAGAGAAGCUAGAAAUGCCAUCAAAAGUGAGUGGUUAGCCAAGUCAGCUCAGCCAGUUGAACAGUUUUACUGUUGAGAGCAGUGUUAGUUUGAUGUGAUGUUAUUUAUAACCAAAAACAAUUAAACAAAAAAACUGGGUCAUACAUUACACAUUGCAUAAAGUGUAGCUAUAGGUUCAACUUGCAGGGUAGUUCAGAGCUGUGGCAUGUACAUGUUGUACAGGACACUUAGGUUUACCCUUUUCAAUACCUCUUACUCCCACUUUGUGAGAAUGUGUUUUUUUUUUUCCCAGGUUUGAAACUUUUGAGGAGAACAGUUUUGAACAGUUCUGUAUCAACUACGCCAAUGAAAAACUCCAGCAGCAGUUCACGCAGGUAAUCAUCAGCAUCAUUAGAUUUCUCGUUUCCAGUUUGAGUCACCUCUCUUACUUUUUCGUUAUUGUGCUUCCACAUGUAAUGCUUGCUUAAUUAUUCAUUCAGCAUGUUUUCAAACUGGAGCAAGAUGAAUAUGUGAAGGAAGAGAUAGAGUGGUCAUUCAUCAACUUCUAUGAUAACCAGGCUUGUAUUGAUCUGAUUGAAGCAAAACUGGGAAUACUUGACUUGCUUGAUGAAGAGUGUAAGGUGAGACAAACUGAGAUACUAUUUUGUUUGUGUGAGAAAUGAUCUAGAUAUAAUGAUGUAAGGGAGAAGAAGCAGGUGUCAGAUAGAAUCACCCAGGGUCAUAGUGUUUAGCUAAUUUUUUUAAAAAUCAAAAUGGCUGCCAACUGCCAAAAUUGCAGAUGAUGCCAUGCCCCCAGCAAUACCACACUCCAUAAUUUUAGCCAUAGAGUGCUCUUUGGUUGAGUGUCAAAAUAUAAAAAAGGAAGUACACUUGUAAACACAAUAAUCAAUUGUAGCAAAGCAAAAUAUCUCAAUGAACAAGUGAACUCAAGGUUAAAACAAGCAAAGUACUUGAUGUGCAGGAAUGUGUGUGAGCAAGUUACAAUUAGACUGCUCUUUUAUCACAUGUUAUUUGCAGAUGCCAAAAGGAGCUGACAGUUCAUGGAUCCAGAAACUGUACAAACAUCACAUGAAGAAGGAGCACUUCAGCAAGCCACGCCUGUCACAAACAGCCUUUAUAGUGCAUCAUUUUGCUGAUGAUGUGGAGUAUGAAAUCAAAGGCUUUGUGGAGAAAAACCGAGAUUCCGUUAAUCAGGAACAUCUAGCCAUUCUUAAAGCUAGUGAGGUAUGUAAGGAAAUUGGAAUGUUAUCAAAGAAGCUCUUUAAUUUUUAAACAAAUUCUCUUUGUCAGCACCUUAGGAAAUGUAUAGAGAACAGUAUGGAGAAUGUGCAUACUGAUGUUGGGGUUACGGAUGUGAUUUAAAUGCUCAAAUGCUUAAACAUAACAAGAGGUUUAUUACACCAGUAUAUGAUUUUUUUGUCAUCAAUGAAUAAAACUCUGAGGGUAAGGCAGUUAGUGGGCUAACUCCAGAUUCCAUGUACUGAUGAAAUAUUUAAUUUGCCAUCACAUUGAUAAAUUGAGAGUUUUUGCAUUUAAACUAAAGCCUUUCUGCAAUAACAUCUUUGAAAUUCUAAUCCUUGUUGAAAUGAGGUAAUUGCAGCACUGGCUAUGAUAAUCUUACUCGUUAGUACUCUAUGUAGCGUUGAACAGCUCUAAAUUCUAAACUAUUGAAAUCUUUAAAAAUCUUUCUGAACCAUAUUUGUUCCUUGCACAGUAUGAACUGGUGGCACAAGUUAUUGAUUGCACACAUAAUGUAAGUGAAAAAAAGGUAUAAAUCAAAAUUAAUUUUAAAAUUAACAUGAUUUAGUCAGCUUAAUCUAAAUAUUCAGUAAAUGCUACCUUUAAACAUUUCUCAGUAGAACUAAAAAUAUAAGCAAAAUAUUCGGAAAAUCUGUUGAAAUUCUGGGAUAUAACCUACGGUAAACCAGCAAUACUCAUGGUCGCCCCAGAUUAAUAAAGAAUUGAUAAAUACUCGGUUUAGUUGACCAUUCUGUCUUCGCUGGAGACUUAACCUCGACGGCAUUAGACCAAACUUCAAUUUCAGUUGAAAGUAACGUAACGAGCUGUUGUUAUGUUGCAGUAUGAGAUGGUUGGAGACUUAUUCUCUGAGAAUGAAGCUCACAUGAUGCCGCGUAAGCGAUCAACUUCUAGAGCUGGAAAAAAUGUCUCCAAAUCCAAGCGGAGUGUUGGAUCAGAGGUUUGUUACCUUAUUCAGUCCUACCAGAGGUCAACAACUACUUUCUGACCAGAAGGGAAUCUAAAUCUAGUUUGUAGAAUGUGUGAACAAAUUGUGCACUUAUUAGGGAUGAUUACUAAAUAGUUAUUUUUGGGCGAUUUUGAGCCAGAUAUCCCGAUUUGCUCAAGGCCAUUGAACCUCAAGAAUCUGGCAAUGUCAGUAUGAUUUCAUGGUAUCAUUCGAUUAUGGGUUUUCAUUAUUUUUUACGGGAAUCUCACCGAGGGAAGCUGAUUCGCCAUUUUCCAUGCAAGAGCAUGGACACAACUACGCAUGAGUUGAAUGUCAUGAACAGUAAAACAAAACUUGACUGUAUUACGCAAGAGCAGACCAUAAAUUGUUGGCGGUUAUUUGUAGGUUACAUGAUUGGCUGUCGGUCAAUAAAAAGAUAAAAAUUGAUUGCUAAUAAUUUUGUGAAGAUGUCUAUUUAGUAGUUUAGUAAUUUGAAGAAGAAUGCGGUGGACAAAUCUUAUGUUGCUUGCGAGGAUAACCACAUCGUUUUGCGACUUUUUUUCUAGUUUCGUGAAUCGCUGUCGAAGCUUAUGGCUACCCUGAACAGUACAGUGCCUCAUUACAUUCGCUGCAUUAAACCCAAUGACCGCAAAGCACCGUUCGAGUUUAACCCACAGAGAAGUAUUCAGCAGCUCAGAGCUUGCGGAGUACUGGAAACUGUACGAAUCAGUGCCGCGGGCUACCCCUCACGGUGGAGCUAUGACGAGUUCUUUAACCGUUACCGCAUGCUUCUGAAGUUUGAGGCUAUUAACAGAAGAAAGCCACGAGCCUCGAUAGAAUUGAUAUUGAAGACGCACAUAAAAGUAGGGGAAAAUUGUAAUCUUUCUAAUGUGUUUGCUCGCACCCGAAGGUGAUUGCUAUCGCCCGAUAUGUUAAACUACGCCACUUUCCUGAAUAUGCCUCGGCUACAACUGAGGAAUGUCUUUCUUGUUUUAACAAUGAGAGGCACUGAGAGAACACCACUUAAUAGUUGCUUUUUGCUACUCGUUAAUCCAAGAGAUAUUUGGGCUCAGCCUUGAACUCAAAUUGCCUUUUACAGCUGCAACUGAUUUAGAAAAGACGUUGUUUAUGACUUUUUGAUAACUUGUUUAAGAGGCCUGGAGACCAAAAUCAUUUUGAUUGAUCUGUUUUUCAAAUCAACCUCAAUUUUAUUUGCGCUGAAUGUUGUGUGAACAAAAGACGUAUGUUUGGGUCUUGUUAGUGGUGUUUUAAAGGUAGUUUAAAUCCCUUGACUUUAUAAAUGAAUGCGGAAAUUUGAGUUGUUGAAAAAUUUUCUAUCCAUGUUUGGUGUAGGACCCUGAUAAGUUCCAGAUGGGAAAAACGAAAAUCUUCUUCCGUGCUGGCCAGGUAAGGUUAUCUGUAAAUAUAUUGAAUUUACAAACUACAAUACAGAUUAAAAUUUCUUUGUUUGUUAUGACAAGAGAGUUAUGAACGCUAAUCGGCUUCUUCACGGGGUUGUGUCAUAGUUACUGAUAGUAAAGAUUUGAAAAAAAUGAGAAAGAAAAAACAAAAAAAAACGAAAAUCAAGUCAACCUAAAUAGUGGACCAAAAUUUAAGCCCAGCCUUUUGAAUGCUAGUUGAGUGCAACAGCCAACUGAGCAACGAACCCGAAGAUAAAUGUUUGGUUAUUUUAUCAAAGUUUUUCCUUGACUAGAUUUUGAAACUGGGCUGAGGUUUAGAGCCAUAUGACCUCCACCACUGGUGCUGAUAAUUUAUGGUAUCAUGAGAGGUGAAACUGAUAAUUGUCGAUUAAGUCUUUCACUCUAAACAUCUCGUUAGCAAAUCUCAUUACUGUCUGCCAUAUAUUUUCCCACGAUGUUAGUUUGAAGAAUUUGGUUUUGUUUCAAUUAACGAUCCCCUAAUUGAUUUUUUCCUUUAUUUUAUAACUUGUUUGCUUUAUAUUGUAUGAAUAGUUAAGGGAAAAUUCUGUCUUGGUUACCCUCGGGUGUCAAAUGGUUUAAACCGUUAAAAGAAAGACAUAAAAGGAAGAUAUAAAAGAAAGAAAGACAUGUGGCCUUAGUUUGCAUUUGCCGAUUUAUAAACUACUGUUGUUUCAUUUCAAAGACAGUUCAAUGCCAAUGUGUUUCACUUUUAGGUGGCUUAUCUGGAAAAACUCAGAUCAGACAAGCUUCGAGACAGUUGUAUCAUGAUUCAGAAGAAUUUCCGCUGCUGGAGGGAACACCGGCUCUACCUGAGAAUGAGGCGGUCUGCGAUCCUAAUACAGGCCUGGGUACGAGGCUAUCUGGCAAGGAGGUUUGUGUAGAAAUGAGAUUCCCGAAAGAAGUGUUUUUAUUUACCAGAGGUUCGAGAAUAGAGAAAAUUCCACUGCUUCCAUGCGAAGCCAAAACUUAACAUUUUCAAAUGAGUUCAAGCCUCACAUUCUUACACGGUCUGUCCAAUUCAAAUAUUUUGAAAAUUGGAACCCUAUUUUGAACCUUCGGAUUUUUACCUGAGGAGCAAAUUUUUGAAGCGAAUAAAGAAGAUGGCUUUAGGAUAGGUUAUUCUGUGAAUCAGGCCCUAAAGGUACUACUUAAAACAAUUAACAUGAAUUAAAACCCAAUGAUGUCACUUUCAAGCACAUAUCCACAAUAGGAGAUUUCUCUGCUACUGUCCCAUCCCACGCCCCUUGUUGAUUGUCAGGAUCAAUUGAAAUCCAGAGUGAUUCUUUUAAACUGACUUUAUUGCUUUUCUUUUGCGAAAAGAAAACUUUGAGGGUCUUUACAAUCCGCGCGUAUAACCAAGUUGUGGGGCGGAGUUUACAUCAGAGUAGUAAUACUGUUAUAUUGGAAAUAGAUCCAUUGGAACAGCCUUUUAGGGAGCACAUAGGAACUAGCAUAAUUGACCCUAAAUAAAGUUGCCGCCUCCUGACGGUAACAAAAAGUAACCUUAUUUUUAAUUGCGUGUCCCAGAAAAGUGGUCUCCGAAACAAGCUGUUCCAAACGUAAUUAUGUAAAACAUAUUUACCCUACUUCUGUCUCAUCUCAGUACCUCAGAGUAGUAACUCCAAUGACGCUGGAAUUCGUUUUGUUUUUUUCUUUAAGACUUGCACAGGACCUCAGAGAAAAGAGAGCUGCGAUAACCAUCCAGCGCUACUACCGUGGUUUUGUCUGCCGAAAGCAGUUUGUGACUAUUCGGGCGGCCGUCGUUAUAAUCCAGUGCUUCACUCGGGGUAUGUUCGCAAGAAGACUUCGCAUGCAAUUAUUGUACGAAGCUAAAACGAAGAUCAUCCAGCGGUGCUGGAGAAGAUACAGAGCGAGAGAGAAUUACAGAAAUUACAAAAAGACGAUUGUUUACCUUCAGUCGUGUGUGCGCAGGAUGAUCGCUAGACGAGAACUGAAGCAGCUUAAGGUAAUUCAUGUUGAAAUGAGAGGAAAUUUGAAAAUCAGUAUAUUUUUCGUAAUCUUUGUCUUAUAUUUGUGUGCGCACAAGUAGUUGCUGUUUAUAGACGACAACAGAUCAUGGAAAAGAAAGAAAGAUGUGUAGUUUUGCAGUGGUCGUGCAAGUUGUGACAAAUUAAUGCAGUUGGAAUUACUCGGGAAGCUAACUGGCCGAGAAGAAUUUAGCCAUUUUGAUAUCACUACUUUGUUGAUCAUUAAAGCGCUACCUGAGUACAUUUGCACAAGCCGUCAUACUUACGCAUGAAAGAUGAAACUGUGACCUUCAACGGUCGCCAGCAGCGGAAGCAAAUCUCAUACAUACUGCACAAUUCCACUUCGUAGUUUUCUGUGGAAAGUUAGUCUUUUGUUCCAGUGACAGAAAGGAAGAGAACCAAUUUUACUUUUUUGUGUUCAGUGGGAGAAAUUUUGUUAUAAACGCUUUCUUUUUCUUUAGAUCGAAGCGCGCUCUGUGGAACAUUAUAAGAAGUUGAACAUAGGAAUGGAAAACAAGAUCAUUCACUUACAGCAACGCCUUGAUGAACAGGUAUGUAUUUUUAUUUGUUUGGUUUGUUGAUUACCUGCCUGCCUCUCGUCCAUGUGGUGAUCUCAAACUUUUGCAAACUCAGAGAGAAGUGUCUGCUUUUGCAGAUUGUUUAAGAAAUAUGUAAUGAAAUAAUUAUGAAAUCGGGUUUCGCAUGAUAUCAAGAAUUAUCAAACCUCGUGUCUGUGUUAUCAGACCUCGGCAUUGAUAAUUCAUGAUAUCACGCUCAACCUCAUGCAAUAAGGGCUUACAAUCUUACCUAACUAAGAUAUUUGUUCUUAUCACUAAUUUCAUAUCUAUAUGAUUCAAUUAUUCAGUACUAUGAUUUGAUAUACUUUACCGUUUGUUCCUUUUUAUAGGUUAAAGAAAAAGAACAAGCAAUGGUUGCCGGGCGAGAACUUGAAGCUACACGGAAAGAACUGGAACAAGCCAAGCAGUGGAAAGGACAGUUUGAAUCGACGCAGUCCAAAAUGCUGGAGUUGGAACUUGUCAUCAAGGAACUGCGAGAGGAACUGAACAUGGCCAUUGUGGAGAAAGAUGGCACCGAGGAACGCGCCAAAACAGAAAAGGAGGAGCUAGAAGAGGUUUGAAUUUGGAAAAUAAUUUAACCUAACUUUGAAAUAUUCAGCGCAUAUUGAGGGGAAAUCUGUCUCACAAGAAAUUAGCGAGUUUUAGAUUUAUGUUUGUUUGUGAAGACGUGUGACCGCAAAGCUCUAGGAGUCAUGUGACCAGGCUCUGGCGGCCACGUUUGCCGUUUGUGGUCCACGUUUGAAUUUCGGGCAACAAAGUUUCAGGAAGUUGUACUUUCUCGGCGCUCUCCGUCUUCGAGUUCGAAAGUUCUCACAUAUGUCCGGUAAAUAUGUGUUAGAUGAGGUCUUUUUUUUUCUUUUUUUCUGAAAAACCAAACUUUUAGCCGCAUUUUGUGUUUGAGGUGAAGGAACUCUAUCCAGUCUGUAAUUCAAGAUGGCGGCGCACAUGUUGAUUUUCAUGGAUUUUUAUAGUUGAAAGCCGAAGGCGUGAUAAAAAGCUGAAAAUCUCAAAACAUUUGACUACCAACCUCAAACCACUAACUACGGUUUGAGGUGAACAUAUCAAACGUGGAUCUAAUUCUCUCUCUACUUAUUUGUAAUGCUGUCACUUACAUAUUUGAAUUUGUGCAUUUGUUAUAGAUAAACAAGAAAUUGAAAGAAGAAUUGGCAAACCUAACGGAAGAGCUUGCUGAAGCAAAGGCAAUUUCUGACAGAGAGGUCUCUCUCAGGGAUGGUAUGUGCUUGAACGAGUCCAAAAUAACUUAGUCUUGAAAUACUCAGAAAAUUCGUAGAAAAAGAAAGGGGGUGAAGUGAGGGUAGUGGAAACAGAUUGCAAGUCGAGCUACUAGUCAGUCAAAUCAUGCUCUUCUUCAUAUAUGUUUGCCACCUCUGUCUGUUAUUUGAAAAACAGUUUUGUAGUCUAGAAGACAAAAAAAAUUAUUAGUAGCGUGAGUUUUUCGGUGGUGGCUCGGCGCUAAACUACAGGAUCGCAAACAAAUGACUCAAUUCAAACUUAGCAUGAUUAUAAACCCCAAUUCACUAAAAGAAAACCCUCUGGCUACUCGAUUGUGGUCCAAGAAUUAAACUUGAAGCUUUAGAGAGACAAAAACAGCCGGUGGUCAAACGAGGACUGUAAGUUAGGACUUCUUGGGUCUCAGUCGCUGACUCCUGGGUUCUGUCAGUCUUCCGGGAGCUAGCGAUCAGAUACGAGAAAACCAUCGUUACACCGAAACUUUCAACAGAAGUCAAGUUUCCUCUGGCUUUUUAUUAAUUUGUUUGUAGUUGCAUACCCUAAUUUUAUUAAAGGAGAUAACUUUCUAAAGAAACUGUGGUGCUGUUUCGGUGGGGCAUUACAAGAUAAUGUGGUUUGAUCAAUUGGGUUGAAAAUGUAACUUGGCUACCGUCAAGAGUUUCUAAAGCUGACUUUUCGCGUGUUUUCGAGUGUUGGCCAUUUCAGUUUGUCGUUUUUAAAACCCUUUACCAGAAAUAAUCUGUCAUUUUCUCGUUGCCUUUAGAAAUCAUUAACCAAAGCCUUGAAGCCCAGAGACAACAACUUCUGGCGGAAUUUGAAGCUGAAAGAAGCAACCACCAGAGAGUUUUACGAGAUUACGACCGACUGGAACAACGGUAUCAGAAUUUACAGGAUGAAGUGGAGAUUGAAAAAUUCAGUCCGGUUGCUAAAAGAGAGUCUAAUGGCCCUAUAAGUGCUAGUGGUUCAGGUGCGUUAUUUUGGAUGAAUUAUAUGAUAUUAGCAUAGUUGUGCCGGUGAUUAUAGAGGUGCACGCGCUUUGAUUGGUCGAAUAUUGUGUCCUAUCUCGCUAUAAUCACCUCGAACAAGGUGAUUAUAGCAGGAGCGCAAAAUUUCAAACUGGCUGCCUGGCGUUUUGUUAUUGUUACCGAGGAAGUGAUGAACGCGAUGGAGAAAAUGCUACUCCAAAGAGCACAAAAGAUGCUUUUAAGUUAAGAGUAACAUUUUUGAAAAUAAAGAUUUAAGUUUUUGCUGAUUGAAUUAAAUGAAUCUAUCAAAUUCUAGUGAAAACUGGCUCUUUAUCUUGAUUCGAGUAAUCAAAACAAUUGAAACUGAAGGGUUUCAACAAGGUAACGAAUAUUUACAACAGAAUUUGAAAUCACCUUAGGAAUUAUGGUAAAACAAAUAUUCGCCUCGGGCUCCGUGAGUAUUGUUGAGUAAUCCUCGACUUCGUCUGGGGGAUUAUUUAACAAUAUUUACUUCACCAUCGGCGAAUAAUUGUCAAAUAUUUCAAUAGCGUUCCAUGCCGUCGUGGAUCAAGAGCCUUGUUUGCUUAAAACAUUUUUUUGUGGAAACUACAUGUAUUUUGAAGUCCAUCUCCAACUUUCACGUUUAAAAAAUCAGCAUCAAAUCAUUAGAGUCGCUGUCAUCAAAUUCUUUAACGUGUAUUUGUUUUACCAGGAUUUACGAUUGAUAUUUAUUUCAUUUAUUCAGUUUACUUUAAUUUACUUAUUUGUGAUACCUGUUAAUAAGCUGGCAAGCCGCUACAGUCGUUGGCACAGCGUGGUCUGCGGUAGCUAACUCAAAGAAGCUUACUGCUUUCGUACUAUAAAACUUCAUUGUCUUUGGCACUCUCGAUGUUUUUAGCUCGUGCGCCGCUCAUUAAUCGACAGGUGAAUUUUUCACUAAGCAGAUUGUGUUAGGUACUACAUUGAGGAUAAUUCCAACCUUUGGGCUGGGCAUAAUUCUGAUUUAUUUCAAUGACAGAAAAUUCUCUAGAAGAUGCCGAUGAGAGGGAACAGCAACAAGAUGAAAACGUGGAAGUUGGAAUUAAAAAGAACAAGUUCGUUCAAGGACUUAAAAAAAGAAUACGCGAGCUAGAGGACAAAUUAAUGGAAUCUGAACAGAUUCAAGCGAAUGGCGAUAUACCCCGUAUUACGGUAGAGACAUCAUUGGAACAGAAACCACCAAGUGAAAAUCAGGUUAUCGAAUCUGAAAAAUUUCAGCAAGUCUUACAUGAGAGAGAACAAUUGGAACAAGAGAAAAGUAGCCUCGAGAAGCAAAACAAAAAGAUAGAUUCUGAACUUGAACUUCUUAGAAAACUCGUAAGUCAAAGAAAUAUUGAUAAAAAGGCGGAAUGGGACAUGAUAAACGAGAGAAUGGAUGAGAUAUCAGCCGAACGCGACCAGAUAAAGAAUGAGAAGAACCGACUGAGAGAAGAACUUGUAAGAAUGGCUUCUGUCGCUAAGGACAUGCAUAAUAUAGAGGAACUGUUACGAACCAAUCCUGAUGAAAGCGCUUACGUACUGCAGGCGGAGAGUUUGAAGAAAGCAAACAACGUUCUGCAGAAUGAACUGCACGACUUGCUUCAGAGCGAAAAGGAAUUGAAGGCAGCUAAUGACAAGCUUUGGAAGGAAAAGGCACAGUUGCAAACGGUAUGUUCUAACUCUCUCAAAGGUACGUUUUAACUCUUUGAAAUAAGCAGCAGGAAUUUUGCUCUCGAAUGCUUACUUAGUAAAUGUGGUCAAUUUUAGUUGCACUGCCCAGCAAUAGAUUGUCUGGUAAAAACUUCGGCCAGCAGAGGAAAUAUAGGUCUGAAGUUCUCGGAAUCAGCAUUCCAAAGGUCAUGAAGUCAACUCUUGAACGACACUUUUGUAGCACUGUCGCCGAUCUCCUUUUCUUUGCUUUGUCUCACGCCCGCGAGAAAUUGGUUCUAUCAUCUUUUGACGUUUCCAAUUUUAUUUGUAGAUUAUGUUCCUACUUUAUUUAUGAUUUGAGUAUGAUUAUGGCUGGCCAAAAUGUUUAUAUCCUGUUUUAGGGGCGUGGUGCGUCCUUGUCAUCUAUGGAUGGGAAUUUCAAUCAAGAAGUUGGUCGUCUGGUAACAGAGAACGUGGUAAGUCGAUAAAUUUUUUUUUUCUUUUUUUAGCCUGUUGCUCUAACUGGAAUAUUUGCGUUGGUGUUGUCGUAGUUUUACCAAAAAAUAGCGCAGAGCUCGUAUAAAAGCACUUUUUUUUUCAGGAACUCCGCGAACAAGUUGAAAAACUCGAGGCAGAGCUGGAAGAGUACAAGAAAGGUGGAACAACAGCGCUGACUCCAUUCCGAGGAAGAGCACAGUCGUGGAGAGGUCAGCUUAAGAACAGUUUUAUUGCAAAGGUGUCUUUGUCAGUUCUACUGAAUUGGUUGGUAACUGUUUAUUUUGUAGGUGAAGUGGAGCAGAAACGGAGAGCUCAAAGUUUCUUAUCUGGUCAAGAACCAAAAGCUGGAAAGGUGGUAAGAUCAGAAAAAUCUCCUGACUGAAUUUUUCACUGUUUUCUUCGGUCUGGGGAAAUAUUAUUAGUAGCUUAUUGGGAAGACCAAAAUAAUUGCCCUUACAGCCGGGCUUGCAAGCAUGUUGCCCAAGGUUCCCUUGGAACAGCCCUUAAAAAAAAGAACAAAAGUUAAAACAACAAAGACACAGAAAGAAAAAAAACGUAAAACCAAAACACAAACAACCAAAAAAACAGAAAAAAAUCAGUUAUUUUCAGAGAAAUGAUGUUCAACCCUUACCAAUGUUACACUGAAAGGCUAUACACCUUUAUCAAGCGAAAUUAAAGUGGUGAGAAUUUAUCUUUCGUCAACUUCCCUUCAAAUGACUUCGAAUGACUUUGAGAUCGAAAUGUAUUGCAGCCGCAAGGCGAGAUGAAGAGCCAGGAUUUCGAAAUAAGAAUCCUGCGUCGUGACCAGUGAGCUGUUAGAUGCGCUUGUUAUUAGCGAUCGACUUUACCUUUCGAUUGAAGACUCAGCCAGCAGUUUUUUACCUAUGAAAUAUUUAUUCAUUUCAUUUCCAUAACACUGGAUUCAAUGAAUGAAUGUAAUGUUAUUUUUAUAAUAUGUUUUUUAUUUUACUUUUGGCACAAGCUGUUAAACGCACAUGGUUAUGUUUUGUUUGUUUUUAGUAACUCAGAUUUGGUUAUAUGUAAUAGCGAGAUUCUUCCUCAUUUAUUCGCGUUAUAACUGGCGGUUUUGAACGAAUUUGCCAGAUAAAGAAAGGCUCUACUCUGGUGUGCUCGGUUCACCUCAAGCCCAAGGAUAUGUAUAAGACUAUAACUGGGCUUACACGUCUAAAACAUCGCAGUUUGCACGAACCAAGGAGGGUAAAGACCGCCGGCAAAACAAAUUGCAAGUGUAAAAACAUUUUGCGGACCAGCAACCAGAAGAUAAGUGACGUCAGUUCUUUUUCAAUUCAAUCCGUUUCAAUUGAUAUAAAAAACUGCCGGCCGAGUCUUCAAUCGAAAGGAAAAGGCGAUCGUUGAUAAAACGUGCAUCAUUCGAAGAAAAAUUGAAGAAAGAUAAAUUGUCACCACUUUUAUUUCGUUUGUCGUUACUACAGAAAUUAAAGCAGCAAUGAUCGUGGGCCAUGCUUAACACAAAACCUAAACCUUAUGCCCGUCCAGUCUCGAUUUUGUGCGCCACGCAACCCAAGAUGGCGCUGCGUGAUAAAGGUGUAUUGAAGAAUAUAUUGUGCCUAAUACUUGUGACUCUUUUGGUUUACCGGCAUCUAGUCCUAAACAUUCACUUAACAUUUAAUCAAUUGAUUCCUCCAGGUUAUGAGGCAUGCUGGACUGCUCAGGAAAUCCUCGCAUGCGCACAAGGAAGGGGUAGUUAUUCUGUUGACUGUUUGCUUUGCUGGUUUCUUGUUGAUAUAUUUUAACUGAAGUUAGUAAUCAAUGUGGUGUAGUAUUUGUUAUCGAUCACAGUUGGCGGUUUUGGUGAAAUUUUUCACCUUAGCCCGUGCGAAAAAUCAUAUCUUCUCGUGUCUCCGGCCGACCCAAAAAUCUUAACGUGUGCGAGGAAACUGCUCUAAACCGACGUUUGAUGCAAAGUUUUUCAAAGAAUAAGUGACAUGAUAACCAAGUAUAGUCUGCUAGCAAACGCGCGAAAGAAUGCAAUGGUUAGUAACGAUGUUGUUGGAUGUCACGUAAUUUGUCACGUAAUUAAUGUUGAACUACGGUUGAAUUAUCGUAGUCACUUCUGUAGGUAGUAAAUAAUGCUUUGAUUUUUAUGUUCACUUUGGUAGGAUCUUCUUCCUCCUCUGCCGCAAUUAAGACAACACAAAAUCCGUGGAAUGAUUGAAUUUUCAGGCGAGGACGAAGAAAAAGUUAUCAAAUUCCUUAUCACUGAUAUGAACCCCAAAUCCAUGGCAGAUGCUAUUCCAGGACUCCCCGCGCACAUCCUGUUCAUGUGCAUCAGGCAUUGUGAUCACGUGAAUGAUGACCGGCGUAUGCAGAGUCUGCUGACUAACAGUAUAAACAGCAUUCGAAAAGUAGUCAAGGUAAAUAGUGAAUCAGAUAACUCUUAUUUAAUUGACUAUCGGAAAAAAAAUCCUCCAAUUACUUCAUUAAGCGUUGUAUUUGAUAUUGAAACUUGCGCAACAAUGUACAUACUCAACUAACUGGAUGUAAGACUGAAACCAAUCACUUCUUGGUCACUUGCAUUUACCUGAACUGGUAGGUAUUUUUUCUCUUUGAGUUGUUUCUGACUCUGAGAUAUUUUAUUAUUGGGAAGGUUCUUUCAAUGACCACUAGAUCGUUACUUUCAAUUGUUGUAACCUUAUUUAUUAUGAUUUACCCUACAAAUCAUGCCUUCAAAGAAAAAUGUUCCAGACAGAGCUUUUUUUAUCUCCCCAGUAUCUUUUUUUACUAUUUUUUUUUGCCAGAAAUUUCUUUACAUGUGCAUUGUCCUUCAGUAGAAGAAUUGUGAGUUCAGUUUACCCGCUUUUCUAAAAAAGCGACAUUCUUAGACGAAUGACAUGAGAGAGGAAAGAAAGUUAUGUAUCUACUGUACUCGGAUUAAGCUUGAUAUAGAUCCGUGAUCCUUACAUUGAAAAAAAAACUGGUUUCCUUUUGAUCAACAGAAAAACCCCAAUGAUCUUGAUAUCUUGGCAUUUUGGCUGGCAAAUACGUCGCGCCUUCUUCAUGACAUGAAGCAGUACAGCGGAGAUAAAGUAAGUUUAUUCAUAGUGUCAAUAGGGUCAAUCACCGACCGCUGGUCGCACAUGGAGCCCACGCCCCCUUCCCGACCCUACUCAAGAAUAAGGUCAAAACCCGAGCCUACAGCACUGAAGUUCACUUUUAAUAUGAUAACCAAAGGCCUAACUACUCACACUUCUCGUAUCUGUUUUUUUUUUAAUUUUUUUAAUUUAAUUUUUUUGUUCAGUUUUGGUAAAGAGCGCUUUAUUUUUGUUUAAAUACACUCAAUCUCCAUCAUUCAGAAGUUUUGUAUCUUUUGUUGCCACAGUUGUUGUUGUUGUUGGCGAUGUUUUAUGAUAAAUAAGCUGUAACUACCAAACUAACACCGUUGCAUUUUUGCAUGUAAUGCCAUAGAUUAUAAAAAAGCCGAUUUCCAUCUGUUUCUAUUAAUUUCAACGCCUUUCCUCCAAAGAUGUUUCGUUUUAGAAGAAUUUCAUCUUUAAUUAAAAGGAAAAGAAUAUGAAUGGUUUUGCGCUAAAAGUUUGCGCCAGACCUCGCUUUGAAACCGAGGCGGAAAUACAGUUUGAAAUAGCGCCAGCCUUUGAUUUACAAGAAUUCGAGCCGUAAUUGACAUGCAUGAAAAAAAGACGAAAAGUUUCCCUGCAUAUUAUAGAGAAUUUGCCACAAAUUUGCUCUUUUCUUCUCGAAGUAUUGAUCAAUGAUUAACAUUAUUUUACCGAUCUUCCUUGUGUUCUUCAUCAGCAUUUUCUUUUGAGGUCACAGUGGUGUAACUUUGUGAUGUGACUUUCAGUGUCUAACUUCUGACUCUUCUCAUUCAUUCUCGCUUUGCUCACUGAAAAUUCUUCAGUGGUUUGUAAGACGACCCGAUGAAGAGGGACUGUCCGCAUCUCUGUUAAAACAGUGGAGUAAUAUGAAGGAUUACAUCAAAGAUGUUAGUUUGCCACCAACCUUUCUUAUUGUGCACUUCGUGGUUUGUUUUUCUGAAUGCUGAAUGCACGCUUGUAUCUGCACCAUCUGGUUUCUUUUUCCUUCUUUAUACUCAAGGCGAAUUUCGUUGUCACAUUUUGUGAGACAAUUUUCUCUGAAUGUCUUUUGCUCAUCUUUCUUCUCUGCUAACUUGAUUCAUCUUUUAUGUUCUUUAAUUACUUGUUUAUGUAACACUUAUGACCACAAAUGUUUAUUUUUUUCUGUUAUUUAAUCAUUUUUACUUCUAUAUUUAUUCGUUUGUGAAUUCUGGCUAAUGUUUAUUUUGCAUUAUAGUUUCGUCACCUUUUGUUUACGUUUGUUUGAUGCUGUGGCUGCAACGUACAAAACCAUUAUAGUGUUCGUCAUCGUUCCUUACUUCUCUGUGACUUAUAAUUGUCAUUUUUGUCUUGUCACCAUGAUCAGAAAACUCUUUUUUUUUUCAUUACGGAACAUAAAUGGGAAAAUCUUAGCUCAUACAUUAGAAAUGAAGAAACACCCUAAACGGUUAAAUCUCCAGAGAGCCCUUAGAUUCUGACUUUCAAGUUGUUUUGAGUUCGAUAUGGUGUGCUGCAAGUGUUAAGAAGGCUUUUUUAAUUGAUGAUCCGCGUUAAAAGUAGGCACUUCUGUUCCAAAAUAGUCAUCAGCUAAUUAACUAAUUGAAUUGAAAUCCUUAAAAUGUACACGCUUGUCUGUUUUUUUCAGGCGUUUCAAGUGCAAAACACUCCAGAACAAAACGAACACUGUCUGAAAAACUUUGACCUGACAGAGUACCGGCAGGUGCUGAGCGACCUGGCCAUACAUGUCUAUCAAGAUUUAGUCAAGUGUAUAUGGGAAGCUAUACAACAUAUGAUAGGUAAAAUGACUUGUCACAAUGAUCCUAUUGGAGUGAUAAUCAAAUAGUGACUCAGUAGGCUAAUUGGUGGUGCCAUGGUUCAACACACAGGUGGGGUAGUUCAAGAAGAGAACACUUCCCUCUCUAAGCUCUCAUCCUCCCCGGUUCCCCCUCCCCAUCCCCCAUCCCUCAGAAGUCGAAAUGAGUACCAGAGAGCUGUCAGGGAAACCUGAUAAAUUGUUUGUGGGGAGGGGGGGACCUACGAACCUGGAAUUGACUUGCAAUCCAGGAUAUGUUACAGCAGCCUAAUUUCUUGAGAAUCGGUCAGUAUUUGACAACGAAGUAUGUCAGUAAAAUGGUUUACGACCGACUGCCGUCCAAUUCGUUCGUUGAUAAUCCGAUUACUAACUGAUCCUGGGCUUUUAGACCUGAUCUUCUUGUUACUCUAUUCAGAUUGAUUUCGUUUGGUUUAGAGAAAAGUAAGAAAGUUUUGUAGCUUUUUUUUAUUAAAUGAAGUAGCAAAACAAUCAGAGAUUGAUUUGAACAACACAGAAUCCUUUUGCCAAUUAUAUCUAGUUAUAACUAGUUAAGCUUGCUUCACACUUGCGACACAAGGACAUAACAAGAAAAACGAAAAAACGAACAGAUGACUUGUUUUCUUUAUAUCACUGUCUGUUUAGUUUCGCUUCUAAUACCUGACUUAGUCGACCUGUUCACGCCUCUGUACGAUGAAAUAAUUACGUUCUUAUGUAUUUUUCCCUUGUGUAGAUAGUGUGAACGGUUCAUACCGAUGUUGCUAUUUUCUUUUUAUGUCUGCGUGUUCACAUUACUAACUUGAUAACAUAAUAACCUUCUCGCGUUGUCUUCUCAUGCCAUUAUGUCGUUGUUUGUUAUUUGCAGUGCCUGGAAUGCUUGAGUACGACUCAAUUCCAGGCGUGUCCAGUUCCAAACCAUUCGGUGGGCGAUCCAAAGCUCAUGCUGACAUCACAGUGAAGUCUGUCACAAAGAUGGUGGGUAAAUUCAUAAGAAAAUAUCACAAAAGUACUUCCUUCAUCCAGUCUUAAGUUUUCUACACGGCCAUUUGUGAAAGUUUUGCAUUGCCUGAUAUCAUCAUGGGGUUAAUGAGUAUUACUAAAAUUGCUCCUCACAUUUGUCUAUCUUUUGCUAUUCUACGUAAUUUGUUGUACAUUUGCCUAAAAUUCCGACAAGAACAAAAGUUUUCUACACGACCAUUUGUGAAAGUUUUGCAUUGCCUGAUAUCAUCAUGGGGUUAAUGAGUAUUACUAAAAUUGCUCCUCACAGUUGUCUAUCUUUUGCUAUUCUACGUAAUUUGUUGUACAUUUGCCUAAAAUUCCGACAAGAACAAAAAACUUUGAUUUGACGGUUUUUCUUUUGUCAAGUUCCCAUCUGAUGGCGCUAAAAUGCGCCUAGUAAUUAGAUUUAAAGAUUGCAAGUAUAUUUUGAUUUCAGCUUUCAAACUUCCUUGCCAUACUUAAUGCCCACUGUGUGGAUCCAGAAAUCAUCAAACAGGUUUUUAGACAGGUAAGUCUGGUUGACUAGGUUUUAUCAUUAGUUUCUUGCAUUCUGGUUUUUGUUGAUGUUUCCUUUGCCGAUUUCUUUCAACAAUACUUUGUUGACAUUGUUGUUGUUGUUUUGUUUUACAUGAUAACUUAGCUCUUCUAUUACAUUGGUGCCAACAUGAUGAACAACCUUCUGUUAAGGAAAGAUAUGUGCCAUUGGUCAAGGGGAAUGCAAAUCAGGUCCGUCAUCAAAAUAGAACUUUGCUUUUAUACUGAAAUACCAAACUGAAUUGUAAUGCAAAAAGCUCAUCACCAAAUUCAAAUUUCUCCAAAGAAAAUGACAAAACAAGAAUGACAGAAUCCAUGCAUACUAACAGAACAUUUGCACCUAAAUCUUAUUGUUAGAAAAACUUUCUACCUGGUAAGUGAGGCAUAGUCAAAGAGGGAAAUAAAGAAAACCUAAAGUUUUACGUAUUUUUUUCCGUUCCUUAGAUUUAACCUCAGCCAGUUGGAGGACUGGGUCCGGCUGAACCAACUGGAGGGCAGCGGUAUUGUGGAAGCUUUGGAGAAUGUCACACAAGCGACACAAUUACUUCAGGUUAACAAAAAAACGUUGGAAGACGUGGACGCGAUUUGUGAAGUCUGUAGUUCUCUUAAUACCUUACAGGUAAGAUAACUGCUCUACUUACCAGCUGAGAUAAGAUAACCGCUUCAGGUGGAUUUGUAGUCGUCGUUUGUUUGUUUUGUUAAGUAAACGGUGGAAAUUCAAACAAUUGUGAAUUCGUGUGUUUGACUUAAGAAGUGAAAUGAAUCGCGGACUUGUUUUGGAAAACGUAUUAUGGUUGCCUGAGGUCAUGGACAAGUGCGAGAACUUCAAAAACUUAUUGCUGUGGCAACCAUGAUACAACAAGAGCGGGUUGUGGUGGAAACCUAUUGCAGGUAUCAAUCCUGGUUUAAUGGUCUUGAGGGGCAGAGCAAGUAUGGAGAACACUUCAGUUUACUGAUGAAUAUCCCCAGAAGACCAUCUUGAGGUCAUUUUAGAGUCACGUUUUGUCUUUUAAGCUAUCUUGGGAAAAAAAAGGAAUCUAAAGAGCUUAAUCAAAAGCUAGAAAGCUCAGUCAAACCAAUGUUUAUUAGUUAGUUAGUUAGUCCUCUUCGUGCGUCUUUGCACAUGAUGUAUCGUCUGGAGAAUGCCAUUGAUUUCUUUCCGUUGCCAGUCGCUCAGGCUGCUUUAUGCCCACCCUCUGUCUCUCAUUUCCCUUUGGCCGUCGGGAGUCCAUGGAUGGGGAUUGUGGGCAUGUAGGGCUGAUAUGGCAUUCGAAGUACAUGGCUAAUCCAACUCCAUCUUUUUCUCUGGACCUGCGUGGUGAUUGGUUCUGUAUUCGUUUAUCAAAGCAGUUCAUCGUUGGAGAUGAUGUCAGGCCAAAAGAAGCGGAGAAUUCUUUGCAGUGUUCCUUGAUUCCCACUAAUUAUGAUAAUUACUUCAUUUUUCUUAGGUUCAGAAGAUACUGUCCAUGUACACACCAGCCAACGAGUAUGAAGCUAGAGUACCUUCGUCUGUGAUUCGUGCAGUUGUGGACCGCGGCCAUAACAAGACAGAUCCAAUGUACCUGAUGACUGAUACAGCGUACAUUUAUCCCUUUACGUUGCCUUUCACUCCUUCAGCUGUGUCGUUAGAGUCUCUGAACAUCCCUGAUCAUUUGAACCUUGAUUUUCUUAAGGUGGUGUGAAGUUUGUGUUAGUACUAAAUAGCAGAAUUGGGUUUUGGAUUGAGGCUGGAAUUUCCUUUUAAAUUUCGAAUUUUUUUUCGCAUGAAGAAUACUCAUGUCCGAGUUCUGUCAUUAUUGGGUGCAUGUUGAUACCUCAAAUCAAUUCGACUGCUUCGUAUCAUUUCGAAGGACCCCUACCAAAAAGGUAUUAUACGCUAAUAUAUAAUUUAGAGAAAGCCGUCAUUGGCUUUGAAGUUAAGAAACAAGUUAUGAAUGGAUAUAUUGUAUCAACAAAGUAAUUGUUAAAGUAUAGAAAUAAGACCUGUGAGUAACAAUUGAGCGUAGCCUCAGAACCAAAUUUACAUUAAGAAUGCUUCUUUGAUAGACACAAGUUAAGCAUGUAAAUAGCAUAGCCUAAUCAUUGCGCCCUAUUACAAAUAGCCUCUAUGUUAGCAUUUAGCGCUUCUUUGGAGGAGACCUUAGCAGAUCUGCGAGUAGAGAGGUAGUGGACCCCUAUGUUUAACGUUCAACUGUGAGAGUGG